CAAUUAGUACUCGUGAUCUAAUCAAUGAUAUAUGAGUUGAAUAUGAAUUGAUUUCCAAAGUGCUAUCUAACCUAAUCCAUGAUAAGGAUAUCUACGUGGCAAAGGAAAAAUAUUAGAGAGAAUAGAAGGGAAUAUUCCUAUCUAAUUUCUCUCUCUUGUAAGCCUCUCCCCAUAGCACCAACUGGAAUAUUCUCUCGUUUUCCCACGAGAAAGAAGGCCCAAAAUGACUUUAAAUACACCUGCCUCUCUAUCUCUUUCCCAAACAAAUUCCGUUGUGCCUCUCGUAAUUCUUGAAAUCUUGAAUGGCUCUCAAAGCUGUUCAUGUCUCCGAUGUCCCCAACCUUGAUCAUGUCCCCGAAUCCGCCUCAUUAUCCCUAUGCUCAACCAGGUUCUCCGCCGGGGAUGGCGAUGGUGAAAAUACAAGGUGCGCAUACAAAUUCACAAAGUUCGUGGUGAUGGGACAUAGAGGGAGCGGCAUGAACAUGCUUCAAUCCUCCGAUCGAAGAAUGAAAUCCAUCAAAGAGAACUCCAUUCUCUCCUUCAAUGCCGCCGCUAAAUUCCCGAUCGAUUACAUUGAAUUUGACGUUCAGGUGACGAAGGAUGACUGUCCUGUCAUUUUCCAUGACAUCUUUCUCUUGACUGAAGAUGACAAGGGAACCAUGAUUGAAAAAAGAGUUGCAGAACUGACUCUGGCUGAACUUCUCUCCUACGGACCCCAAAAAGAGCCUGGAAAUGUUGGUAAGCCAUUAUAUAGGAAAACCAAAGAUGGGAGAAUACUUGAAUGGAAGGUUGAGAGAGAUGAUCAUAUAUGUACAUUGCAAGAGGCUUUUGGGAAAGUGAACAAUUCUGUGGGGUUUAAUAUUGAAUUGAAGUUUGAUGAUCAUAAAGUGUACAAAGAAGAACACCUUAGGCACUUGCUUCAAGUAGUCUUGGAGGUUGUAUCUGAGCAUGCCAAGGAUAGACCUCUGAUGUUUUCAAGCUUCCAACCUGAUGCAACUCUGUUGAUGUGUAAAGUGCAGAGUACUUACCCGGUGUUCUUCCUGACAAACGGAGGAUCUGAAAUUUACACAGAUGUAAGAAGGAACUCCCUGGAUGAAGCAAUUAAAGUUUGCUUGGCUGGUGGCUUACAAGGAAUUGUCUCUGAAGUGAAAGCAAUAUUUAGAAAUCCAGGAGCAGUAGCCAGAAUUAAAGAAAACAAGCUUUCCCUGCUAACUUAUGGUCAACUGAACAAUGUAAGGGAAGUGGUGUACAUGCAACAUCUAAUGGGUGUUGAAGGUGUUAUAGUAGACCUAGUUCAAGAAAUUAUAGAGGCAGUCUCGGAUUUUGUCGAUUCUGCUAAAGAGAAUGAAGGAGAAAACUUAUAUCUAGAGAAAAAGGACGUCCAAAAACUCGAAACCAAGCCCCGGUUCUCCAAGGACGAUCUCUCACUGCUACUGAAGCUUGCACCAGAACCGAUUCAGGUUUGACGUAUACUGACAUGACAUGAAACUUCUCAGCAAUUCUAGCAUACAUGAAUUAAUACAAAGCUACAACACUAAACAAAAUGUAUCUCUUUUGUAAGAAUGGUUUUCAGAAACGAAAGUAGGGUGUUUUGGAGGUUGUGAGACUCUAAUUCAGUAAUUCUGUGGGGUUCUGAAACUUCCUAAUGUAAAAACUUCUGUCCAUAAGACUGUCUACUUGGGCUUUGAUUGGCUCCUGGAUUUAUAAGCCCAAAGCCAGAAACUGGACUUUGUAAUAUUAAUAUAUCAUGUGAUCAAUGACCAUGGAUAGAAUCUGUACUCUUGGAACUCUAC